AUGCCUUCAGUCAUGACUUCCACUAUUCCAGCGGACAAACCUAACCUCGACUCAACACCUUCGCGAAGUCCAACACCCACACCACAAGAUGUCGAUGCCCUCGGCCAAAUAGAAACACAAUACGUGCUCCCGCCCCUUUGUACCCUCUCCGAAGCCGAAUACAUAGGCAUCUUACGAUCCAUCGGCGCUACACGCGCAAACAACCCAUCGCAACCAGUUGAAAUAGCUUCUGGUUCUCUCUUCUCACAUCGGCACUUGCCUAAUGGCCUUUAUAAAGAUAUUGUGCAAACACGUCAGAAGAGCCAACUGGCGUAUUAUUUCUCCAGUACCUUUUACAGUCUCGCAUUAAUCCUUCAACUCCUUUUCGGAGCUGUGUUGACUGCUCUUGGAUCUUCCUCUGCCGCAAAACAUGGACUUGCGAUAACUAUAUUAGCGGCUGCUAACACAGUAAACGCCGGUUUGAUAGCUUUGUUGAAUAAUACGGGGAUACCGGACAGGUUUUUAUAUGAUUGGAAUGAAUUUGAGGACGUUGAGAUGUUUGUAAGGGAAUUGAUCGAAACAGGUUUGGUGGACACAGAUAAAACGAAAGAGCAAGUAGUGGCAGGUUGCUUUGUAAGAUUUCAGACGGCGAAAAUGACUGUUAGGAAGAACAAACCAGCGAGCUAUAAUGCGACGGCAAAGGAAAGCCAGAAAGGGAGAUAA